UAAAAACUGAUCCACCAUUUUUUUAACCGUGUUUUGAAAAGUCUCACAAUAACUGUGCUUUCAAUUUUCGUGAAAGAAAAUACUUUGCAGCAGUAGCUUGUUUAUGAUUAUAACUUUUUUUAGAGUUUUUACUUUUCUGCAAUUUUGAUUCUUCGUUUCCAAUUUUGUUUUGUUUUGUUUUCGUUUCUCUUAGAGGUUAAUUUGGUUAAUGGGUUUUUGUUUUUACUCCCUAGAAUUCCUUUCUUUUCCAUUUCUAUCGUAAAUUCUUUUUCAUAAUUUUUUAUUUUGGUUUGCCACCCCCACCACAUGCAUGUUCUUGGGUUUGUCUGAUCUGGAUUGGAUCACAAGGAUCUAUCUGUAGCGUUUUCUUUUUGGCAUCUUUGGUUUCUUUAAAGCAGGUUUGGGGGCAGUGGUUUUUCAAGAGUGUGCCAUCAAGUUUUGGUUGUUGGAUGUUUGAAUUAGGGUUUUGAUUGUGUAUAUAGGUCUGGUUUGAUCUUUAUAUGCACGUUUCGGCCAUGGCGGGGAUUGAUAUUUCGAGAUAUUCCCAUAGUCCUAUACAUAAGGCCACUGCGAUGAGAGAUUAUGCCACUCUUAGGAAGAUACUUGCUGGCCUGCCAAGGCUUUGUGACCCUGCUGAGAUUCGGACUGAGGCGGUUUCGAUGGCCGAGGAGGAGAAAGCUGAUGCUAUUUCAGCUGUAGUUGACAGGCGUGAUGUGCCUAACCGUGACACGCCUCUUCACUUGGCUGUCAAACUGGGUGAUGAGACUGCAACUGGGAUGCUUAUGGUUGCUGGUGCAGAUUGGAGUUUGCAGAAUGACCAAGGAUGGAGUGCUCUUCAAGAAGCUAUUUGCCAUAGAGAAGAGGGGAUAGCAAUGAUCAUAGUUAGACAUUAUCAGCCAUUGGCAUGGGCGAAAUGGUGUAGGAGGUUGCCUCGUUUAGUAGCGACCAUGCGGAGAAUGAGAGACUUCUAUAUGGAAAUUACCUUCCAUUUUGAAAGUUCUGUAAUACCUUUCAUUUCAAGGAUUGCUCCUUCGGAUACUUAUAAAAUUUGGAAGAGGGGUGCAAAUUUGAGGGCAGACAUGACUUUGGCUGGCUUUGAUGGUUUUAGGAUUCAGCGUUCGGAUCAGAGUAUUCUUUUCCUUGGUGAUGGGUCCGAGGAUGGUAAGGUUCCUUCUGGGUCACUUUGCAUGAUCUCACACAAAGAUAAGGAGGUGAUGAAUGCUUUGGAUGGUGCCGGGGCUCCAGCAACUGAAGAAGAGGUUCGCCAAGAAGUGGCUGCAAUGUCUCAGACCAAUAUUUUUAGGCCAGGAAUUGAUGUAACCGAGGCAGUUCUUUUGCCGCAAUUAACAUGGAGACGACAGGAAAAAACAGAACUGGUGGGACCAUGGAAGGCGAAAGUCUAUGAUAUGCACAACGUGGUUGUUAGUAUUAAAUCUAGAAAGGUUCCGGGGGCAAUGACAGAUGAUGAGUUCUUUUCAUCCUGCAAUGAGAACGAAACUGAAACUGAGGAGCUUAAUGAUCUACUGACGGAGGAUGAAAGAAGGCAACUUGAAGUCGCACUUAAAUUGGAUUCAUCAGAAUCGGCUAAUGAAAAUGGUGAUGGGAUUAUUGCUCAUCGUCAUAGCUGUUUUGACCAAAGGGACAGGGAUAUUCCAAUUGAAGAUGGGAAUGCGUGCCGAAAUGGAGAGAAUAAGCAGGAAAAGAAAGGGUGGUUUGGUGGGUGGAGAAAACGGGAUGCUAAAGUAGAGGGGCAGAAUAAAGUUGUUCCACCUAGAAGUUCACUUUGUGCGGAUGAGAAGGUGAGCGAUUUACUUGGAGAUUCUCCAUCUGGAAGUCAGAUUAAACCAGGAAGACACUCUGUUGAGGUUGUCGUGAGGGAUGAGCACCGUAAAGGAAGGGAUACCAAGACAUCUUCAUCUGUGAGUUUGGAGAGCAAUAGUAGACGGAAGGAAGGAAGUCGUGAGAAUGAAUAUAAGAAGGGAUUGAGGCCUAUUCUAUGGCUCUCACCAAACUUUCCUUUACAAACAGAAGAACUUCUUCCACUGCUUGACAUUCUAGCAAACAAGGUUAAAGCAAUUCGUCGUUUAAGAGAGCUCCUCACAACAAAACUUCCAAUGGGAACCUUUCCUGUGAAGGUUGCUAUCCCGGUAGUUCCGACCAUCAGAGUAUUAGUUACAUUUACAAAGUUUGAAGAAUUGCAGCCACUGGAUGAUUUCGCAACACCUCCAUCAAGCCCUAACGUCGGACAGGAGAGCCCAUCAACGACGCAGUCUUCAAGCUCAUCCUGGUUUCAGUGGAUAAAAGCUCCUUACCGCCCUACGUCAUCAAUUAGUGGAUCCAGCAGUAGAAUAGAGAACGUUCAGGACCCAUUCGUUAUUCCUCCGGACUAUAAUUGGAUUUCGGCAGAAGCGAAGAAAAAGAAGAUGCAGGAGAAGAACAGAUUGAAGAAGGUGAGAAGUCAAAACCAUUAAUGAAGCUGAUUAGAAUUGUAAUACAAAGUUUCUAGGGAAAUAGUGUUUCAUAUGACCAUGAUAUUGGGAUAUACACUGUUAUGGAAAUACAUUGAUCCCAUUUGUUGGGGAAGAAAUUUGGUAAAUCAAUAGUGGGUGGGUGGGUUUAUGGAGAGGAAUAGAAAUACUUACAACAAUUGAUUCGUCUUUCACGUAAAUUUGUACACCAUUUUUUUAUUGCUUUGAUUCAA